AUGGCUUGUGGGUUCAGAAAGCUUUGGCUUAAAAGAAAUAAAUGGGUGUUUGAAGGCAAGUUUGAAAGUCCAAAGGCAAUAUUGACUCCUGCUAGAAGUGAUCUAGAAGAAUUUAUGAAAGCUAAUGAAAAAACUAGUGAACCCAGUGCAGGUGCAGUGGUGGUUAAUAGAGAUACAAGAUGGCAAAGACCAAGAAGUAAUACCUAUAAAGCAAAUUGGGAUGCUGCAUUUGAUGUAAAGAAGAUGAAAAUGGCAGCUGGAAUGGUCAUGAGGGAUUCUGAAGUAGAACUAAUAGCCUCAUUGAGUAUGCCUAAAUUUUAUGUGGGAAGUGCAAAACUUGCUGAAAUUCAUGCUUUAUGGAGAUAUGUGGCUUUUUGCUCUGAGGUUGGACUAGAUGCGGUUACCUUUGAAGGUGAUGCAUUGUCAGUUAUAAGAGAGGGUCAGCACCUUGAAGAGAAUUUGGCAUGGCACGGACAGAUGAUCGAGGAUAUUAAGCAGGUUCUCAGUGAAAGACCAAAUUGGAAAAUACAGUAUGUUCCAAGAGAAGGCAAUAGGGCUACACACAAAUUAGCCAGAUUCGCUCUUCAGUAUGAGGAGGAGAUUGUUUGGAUAGAAGAGGGACCAAAUUGA